UAGACGCACCACUGACAACUAGCUAGGUAGCGGCCACUGGAAACGAAACUGCUUGCCAUUUGCACAAUUAAGUCAAACGUACUCGCUCGGUUUUGUCUGUCAGGCAAAGGUAUUUAGUGUAACGGCGAAUAUGGGGGUUCCGAAGUUUUAUCGCUGGAUAUCAGAGCGUUACCCUUGUCUCAGUGAAGUUGUCAAGGAACAUCAGAUUCCAGAGUUUGACAAUCUCUAUCUGGACAUGAAUGGGAUCAUCCAUCAGUGUUCUCACCCAAAUGAUGAGGACGUUCACUUCCGCAUCUCUGAAGAGAAGAUUUUUGCAGACAUUUUCCAUUACCUGGAGGUGCUUUUCAGGAUCAUCAAGCCACGCAAGGUCUUUUUCAUGGCAGUAGAUGGUGUGGCACCAAGGGCAAAGAUGAACCAGCAGAGAGGACGGAGAUUCCGGUCUGCCAAAGAAGCAGAGGAUAAAAUAAAAAAAGCUCUGGAUAAAGGAGAGGUGUUGCCUACAGAAGCUCGCUUCGACUCAAACUGCAUCACGCCAGGCACUGAGUUCAUGGUGAGACUCCAAGAGCAGCUGAAGUAUUUUGUCCACAACAAGCUCUCCACUGACAAAUCUUGGCAGAAUGUCAAAAUCUAUUUAUCAGGUCAUGAGACCCCUGGUGAGGGAGAGCAUAAGAUCAUGGAAUUCAUACGUUCAGAGACUGCGAGGCUAGGUCAUGACCCCAACACGCGCCACUGCUUAUAUGGCCUGGAUGCUGACCUGAUCAUGUUGGGUUUGACUAGCCAUGAGCCAAAUUUCUCCCUGCUCAGAGAAGAGGUCCGCUUUGGAGGAAAGAAAUCCCAGAAAAGGAUAACUGCUCCAGAGGAGACAACAUUCCAUUUGCUUCACUUGUCUCUUAUGAGGGAAUACAUUAACUAUGAGUUCUCGGUGGUUAAGAAGGAGAUGGGCUCUGAUUAUGACUUGGAGAAGAUAAUAGAUGACUGGAUUCUUAUGAGCUUCCUAGUGGGGAACGACUUCAUCCCUCACCUUCCUCAUCUUCACAUUAAUCAUGAUGCUCUGCCGUUGUUGUAUAAGACUUACAUCCAUGUGCUUCCCAGCCUUGAUGGUUAUCUGAACGAGAAUGGCCACCUUAACCUUGGAAACUUUGAGAAAUACUUGGAGAAACUCUCUGAGUUUGACCAUGAACAUUUCAAUGAAGUAUUUGUGGACUUGAAGUGGUUUGAGAGUAAAGUUGGGAACAAGUACCUGAAUGAGGCGGCCGGCCGAGCAGCAGAGACUGAAGCUGCCGGUAAACGCACCAACAGGGAAGAGGAUUCCGCUCUCCCUCUGGCAGCGUUGACCUCACCUGAUAAAGUGUUAGAUAGUGGAAAAGGACCUGCUGUCGAGGAUGAUGAUGAAGAUGAUUUAUUUGAAACGGAGUUCAGACAGUACAAACGCACAUACUAUAUGACCAAGAUGGGGGUGGACGUAGUCUCUGAUGAUUUUCUAUCAAAGCAGGCCAAAUGUUAUGUUGAAGGCAUCCAGUGGAUUCUCCACUACUAUUACCAUGGGGUUAAAUCCUGGAGCUGGUUUUACCCCUACCACUAUGCACCGUUCCUGUCAGACAUCAGAAAUAUUUCAGAGUUGAAGUUGACUUUUGAUCUUGGGAAACCCUUCAUGCCAUUCCAGCAACUCUUGGCAGUCCUACCCGCUGCCAGCAUGGAGCUGCUGCCUGAAUGUUACAGGCACCUGAUGACCAGCGAAAUGUCGCCCAUUAUUGAUUAUUAUCCUACAGACUUCAAAACAGACCUCAAUGGAAAACAGCAAGAAUGGGAGGCCAUAGUGCUCAUUCCCUUCAUUGAUGAGAGGUGUUUGUUAGCAGCCAUGGAGAGCUGCAAUUAUAAGUUGACAAAAGAAGAAAAAGCCAGGAAUCAUCACACCGAGUGUGCUCUAUAUACAUAUGAGGAUGAAAUAGACUUCACAUACCUCUCAACUGUUCCUCAGCUCUUCCCAAAUAUCAUCCACUGCCAUGUCAGGAAAGAAGACAUUCCCAUGGAUGCCUGGCAAGUUCCACUAAACCACAUUGGCAGGAGUGUGGAUCACUCAGCUCUGUAUUUUUGUGGGUUUCCCACACUGCAUCACAUAAAACACAAGUUUACUAUGAAGAAGAGUGGGGUGAUGGUAUUCCAGCAGAGUAGCAGAGGUGAGAAUAUGAUAUUGGAGAUCCUUCCCAGCCAGGAAAAACAACUGCUUUGUGAUGAUGUUGCUCAACAAGUACUGGGGAAGUCGCUGUUUGUCAACUGGCCACAUCUAGAGGAAGCGCGCAUCAUUGCUGUGUCAGAUGGAGACACCAAGUGUGCUGUUGAAGAACCACCAGGGGUCCAAAGAGCCUACCACAGGCCUUCCACCCCACCCCCCACCAAAGUCACUAUCCUCUCAGACAAGGAGCAGAGGGACUGGGUGAAAGACAUCCAAGGAAUAACAGAACACUACCUGAAGAGGAAAGGCAUCAUUGUGACUGAAACAACUGUGGUUCUAUACGGACAGCUGCUGACAGGAAGGAAAUACAUCCCCAAAUCGAAUGGUGUGGUUGAGUUGGAGAAACAGUGGGCUAAGCAGGUCCUUCCUUUCGCCUACCAGACUGUGGUCAAGGACAUUGACGCCUUUUAUUCAUCUUUGACCUGCUUUAAGAGCCUAGAAGACCUCUAUCCUCCACUAACCACCGUUUUCAUGGUGGGACACCCUUACUAUGCUGCCAUGGGCGAGGUGCAAGAUUCGAGUGAUGUUAUCAAAGAUGGGCGUGUACGUGUGGUUUUCAAUGUGCCACAUGAGCCCCAACUAGAAGUCCUAAUCCAGAACCAGCAUAAGUACAGUGUGAAGUACAGCCCUGGGUACAUUGUGGCAUCUCGUCUAGGUAUCAGCGGCUACCUUGUGUCCCGCUUCUCUGGAAGUAUUUUCAUUGGUAGAGGAUCUAAAAAGAAUCCCUGUGGGGAGCAAAAAGCGAAUGUUGGCCUGAACCUGAAGUUCAACAAGAAGAAUGAGGAGGUUCCUGGAUACACAAAGAGGACUGAGAAGGAAUGGCUUUACUCCGCUGCUGUGGAGGAGCUUUUAGCUGAAUACUUAGAAAAAUUUUCUGAGGUAUUUGACAUGGUCUCCAGAAACGGUCAUGAUGAUGUGUUCUAUGAGGAUGAUAUCUGGCCUGGAGAAGACCACAAUGGGGCAGAAAAGGUGGCUGAAAUCAUUGCAUGGUUGAAAAGUCACCCCGUCAGCUCCAUCAGCAGAGCUUCAUGUGACUUGCAAGUGCUGGACGUUGCAAUCGUGGAGAAAAUUGAGGAGGCUGUGGAGAAAGCCAAGGUGAAGAAGAGUACGAAGAAAGUUCGUGUCACCGUCAAGCCACAUCUCCUGUUUAGGCCCUUGGAGCAACAACAGGGUGUGGUCCCAGACCCCGAUGCAGAGUAUCGUCUUUUUGACCGCAUCAUCAAUGUCAGAGAGAGCUUCACUGUCCCAUUGGGUCUCAGAGGCACUAUUAUUGGCAUUAAAGGAGCUGAGCGUGAGGAUGAGGUUCUCUAUGAGGUGCUGUUUGAUGAAGAAUUUGCUGGAGGGCUUAACAUCAGGUACACAUCAACUCGUUGUUACCGCCUGCCGCCAUGUGCUCUAAUUAACCUAUCGCAUGGUGCCCGAAUGGAUCCCGCAUUCCACAAACUCACUGCCAUUGUCAAACCUCAGCCUGCUGCUGCCACUCACUUCAACUCACACCAUCAUCUGGCCAGCCUCAACCACUCACCGCGUUCUCCCUUUAUAUCCACACAACAUAACAACAAACAAAGUGGGGUAAAGCCAGCCUAUCAAGGCAGCAAAAACUCUGCGUCUAAGGCUCACAUCCAGAAACAACAGGCCAAGAGUAAAGAGGCCUAUGCGAAUGUGUGGCAGUCUCUGCAAGACUCUGCCCCUCCCCAUAAACCUCCUGCUCACUGGCAAAAUAAUGCCUCUGUUGGUGUCAUUAGGUUGUUGAAGAAAAAUGAAGAUGCCCUUUCCCUUAUACCUCAACAGAACACAGUCAACAAGACAUCAACUGAGUUUGAGGACCUGAUAGCCAGCCUUAAGAUCUCCAAGGACAGCCAACAGACUCCUGCAAAUCUUCCUCCACCCUCUUCACAAACACCCACCACCCAAUCAGAUGUGCCUUUGUCACCACAGUCCUUUGCCAUGAAGGGCACCAUGGUGUUGAAGGAGAUGCUGAAGAUUGAAGGCACUGGAACAGGAAACUCUUCCCCUCAGGAAACUGCCAACGACCAAAAGCUAAACAAGAAGAGAAAAUCAAAAAAAUUAGCGGCACUCAUGAAUGUUCCACAUGGAGAUGCAGUAGAAUCAUCAUCUCCUGUGCCUGUUAACCAGUCCAACACUUUAACGGCCAGUAAAGUGUCAGAGCUGGUAUGUGUAUGUGUCACUUUAGGCAUGGCACCACCAGAGUUCAGCUGUAUUCACAACAGACAGGGUGUUGCGUUAUGUCAGGUUAAGCUGUCCAAUGGUUUGACUGUUCAUGGGCCUCAGUGUCAGUCAGAAAACGACGCAAAGGAGAAAGCUGCCUUCUUUGCCUUACAAAGACUGAAUUCACUGGGGUCAGGCUUCCCUCUUCAACCCCCUCUGUUCCAUGGAAUGGGACCUAUGCAGCCUCCGGCCAUCAAACCCAUGCCUCCAGUCUUCAACCAGUCAGGCGGCUUGCUGAUUCCUCCACGGGGUUGUGCUCCUGCCCCCAUCUGGGGAAUGCCUCUGCCUCCCCACUACCACCAGAACCCACCAUUCUAUGGCGCAGCAGGCACGUUCCCCGGUGCUGCGCGGCCGCAACCGGUCACAACUUUGCCGAUGGGCUCGCAUAACCAGUUCAUCCCAUUACAGGUGACUAAGAAGCGAGUGUCAGCCAACAAGCACCACCAAGAUACCAAAGAAUUUUACUCCACUACCCGAACUGUGGCCAGGAAUCGAGCCCAGAGAGCCCAGGAGAGCAGACCUUGCCAAUCACAAACUCAGAGUCAAACCGUCAGAAAAGAGCCCUAUCCAGCAGCUGCGGCCGACGCGGUUCCCGUGACGACGACGCCCCCUCGGCAAAAUAGGCCGGCCACGGGCCACACCCCUGGCUCCGCCUCGAAAAGGAAGCACAGGAAGUUGGCUGUUAACUUCGAAGCAGCUCAACUCUCAGACAAAUGAGCGAGUGCGCCGACCUCUGCUGCAUAUUGCAGUUCCUCUGUUGACCGAUUGAUCUACCAAUCGCACCCUUGUGAAAUCAAGACUCCGAUUUUCGCAACAAAACAGUUACUUUGGAUUUUUCCCGCCAAAUCUUUAUAGAGAAGGUGUGAUGACCUUGGACAAGAAGCUCAAUGCGCUUUGCAACAGCGCCUGUCCAACGAAGACAGAGUACACGCUAGGUGCAUUCAUAGCAACAGCGACAAAACUGAACAGUGGCUGGAGAAGUUUGUCCUGCGUUGUCCCAUGAGGAGCAAUGGCAGCUUGUCUCUUUGGUUGUUUGGCCACCCUCAUCAGAUUUUCCGCUCACAAUUAGCGUUUUAGUAUUUAAAGACUGAUUUGAAUACGUAGCACACUAUUUUGUAAUGGUGCGUUGCUGCAUUAAGAAACGUAACUCCACUCCAGCUUGGUGAUAAUUUCCUAUUCAGUCUAUUUGCUUUCGUGGCUGCUUUUUAAAAAAGAAAAAAAAUAAUUUUAUUGAUUUGGCUGCCACCCUAAAACUAAACAUGUUUGGCAUCAUUGUAAUUAUAUUUACCACCACAAGAUUCCAAUCUCACAUACGAUGGUUAAGUGAUGUUUGUUUUUUGUUUUUUCUCUCUCUUUUUUACAAUUGGACACUUCUUUAAGAGGCCAAGUGUUUCGAGCAAACCAUCUUCAGAGAUUUACUUUCAGCACAAUGGGGCUAAUGUAAUACAGACGCAACAAAAAAAUGUUCAACCCUUCCGUCCUCAUAAGUACAUUUUUUUGAGGUGUCUUGAUUUUUAUAAAGUUCUAUAAUUGAAGUGAAAAUGUAAGACGACUAAUGGAUUUCUUUAUGUAAUCUAAUGCAUUUGUGUACUACGCUGGUGAAAGCGGUUCCUUUUGGCAGCCAGCCUGAAUAUCGGUAAUGUGUUGAUUACUUCCCCUGCAAUUAAAGAGAAAUAGUAUA